AUGAUUUUGAGAAGCACUCCGAAAAAAUAUGCAUGUGACGAAGGAGAUGAAAAUGAAAAAAAUGAUACUGAUGGUGUCGAAACAACUCCGAAAAGUACAAAGGAUUUUAAAAGGCAAAGAAAUGUUAAAACACCAUUGAAAAAAAAAACACAUGAAGAAGGCCAUCAUAGCAUAAAUGUGGGAUCUCAAUCACCGAUUGUUAAUGUUCACAUACAUUUACAUUCACCGAAUGGUGAUUCAUCUCUACCAUCAAAAAUUCAACCCAUAAUUCAUUUACAUUUACAAGAUUCUAACAAUAGAUUAAAAAAUAUAUUAAGUCCUAGUCAAACUUACAAGAGAAAAAUUAUUAACAAUUGUGAUAACGAUUUAAUAAAUGUUUCAAACGACUCCGAUUUAAAUAAUAAAAAUAUAAACUUACUCGAAACACAAUUUAGAAAUGAUUAUAGAAAAUUAAGGGGUUUAAGUCAAAAUACAUCAUCGGUUUCAAAUGAGAAUAAUUUAAUUUGUGAUAAUAGUAAUGUUAGUAAUAAUAAUAGUAGUACUAAUAGUAGUAGUAGUAGUAGUCAAAUAAACAUGGCUGCCGAUGUUUGCGAACGGGAGGAUUCAGUACAAAAAUCUCAUAAAAAUAAAAUUUUUUAUUCAAAUAAUUUAUCGGUGGGGAGAGAAAAAAAAGAAUUUUUUCAAUUGAAAAAUGCCGUCGUCGUUUUAGAUGACGUUAUGAGCGACAAAAAUCUAACGGAAAAAUUUCAAAUAAACGAUGACAGUCCCGCGAAAAUAAAACAUGGCGGAAUGUCGACAAAAACGUUACGAUCCGUUUCUCCGAACCGGCGGAAAACGGAAAAAGGAAGGAAAUUUAAAGGGAAUAGUUCAACCGGGAAAAAAAUAACGGGAAAAAAUAAUUUACAAAAAGAAUACGAUUCUGAAUCCGAGUCAUCGUCACGUCAUCGUGAAAAAAAUUAUGAUGAUUCGGAUGUUGAAACGUUUUGUGACGUAAUGAAUGAAAAACAAAAGGGAAACGUGAAUUCGUCGCCUGAAAUAAAAAACAUGAAUUGGGAAAAACAAAUUUCGAGAGUGAAAAAAAAAAAAAAAAAUUAUAAAAUAUUGAGCGGGGUAAAAGGUGGUGAAGGAGGGGAAGGAGGAGAAAGAGGAAACGGAAGCACGGAUUUGGUCAAAUUAACGUCCGUGGCACAAAACAUGAAUUUCACGGAAAUAUUGAAUAAAUUUAAUACUUUGAAAAAACGAUACAAAAUUCUCGAUUCCGAUGAUGACAAAUGUAGCGAUGACGGUAGUGAUAACGAUAAAAGCAACGAAAGUUCAGACGAAAAUGUAAACGAGGAACCCAAAGUCGAAAACGUAGAAACCUUUAAGGAAAGCGCGAAAAACGAUACCGGAAAAAGUGACAACAGCGAUGAAGAAACGAACAGUAGCGAGGAUUACAUAGAAAAAAUGUUUUUGAACGACAAAAGACCUAAUAUCGAUUUUAGCAGUAGACAAAAGGUUGUUAAAAAUAAUGAUAAUAAUUGUAAAAUAAUUAGAGAGACGAGUAGGAGCGACGUAGACGGUGUCGAUGAAAAAGAAUUGAUUAAUAAUACUAGUGAUGAGAAACAGGGAAAUAGAGAAGGGAAAAACGAAAAAAAUGACGUCAUCGUCAGCGACUCGGAAGAAAAACGUACAGACGGUGAUGAUAUAAGUAAAGGCGAUAAAGAAGAGUCGAAAGACGUAACGUUGGAAAGAAUUGAAAGCGAAAGCAAUAGCGAUGAUGACUCAAAAGAUGAAAAGAGUGAAAGUGAUGGGAAAAAAAACGACGAGAAUAAUACGAAAGAGAAGGACAGCGAUUCGGAAAAGAAAUCCGGCGGUGCGAGUGAAGGGAAACUAGAAGUAAUGAAAAAAAAAGAAAUGUCGACGGAAACAAUCGAAAGCGACAGGGACGGAGAAGGUGACAAAUCUAAGCAAGCGACGGAAACGAUUGAAAACGACAGCGACGGAUCAGAAGAAGAGUUUAAAGACGGAUAUAAACCGAGUGAAAGUGAAAGCGACGCGGAAGAACCGAGAGAAAAGAAAAGAAAAAUUAAGAAGAAAAUUUUCACGAGGAAAAAAAAAAUCACAUCGCAAAGAAUCGAGAACGAGAGCGAUAGCAGCAGCAGCAGCAGCGAUGAUGAUGAGAACAGGAAAGAAAACGCGAUUGAAAAAAAGAGUGAAAGUGAGAGCGAUGAGGAGGAAUCAAAAAAACAAAGGACGAAAAUUGAUGAGGAGAAUGAAGAGGAAAAGAUGUCGGAAAUGGUCGUAAGCGGCGACGGCGACUCAACAAAAGAGGACACAAAUGAAAAUGGUCAAAGCGAUGCAGACGACGCAGAGGAAAAACCAAAAAAUGGAAAUAAAAAGAAAGUCACGGCGGAAACAACAAUUGAAGACAACAGCAGAAGGAACGACGAAGAAGAAAUGUCGAAAAAAAUAAAAAAUAAAAAUGGCGACGGAAACGCCGAAAGUGAGAAAAGCAAUGAAAAGCUAAAAAAGGAAAUGAUCGAUGAGGAAGACGCGGUGACGUCAAAAAUACCAACAUUUGAAAAAUUAACAGGAAAAAUCGACGACAAAAAUCCCAGUCCAGGUUCGAAAACGACGACGACGAAUUUAAAAAUCGGGAAAAAAAAUGUAAACGCGAAUAAAAUCGUGGAAAAAUAUGAGGAUGAGAAAGAGAAAUUUUCCAGGGAAAUUAUCAUCAAAAGGAAAUGUCCAUCGCCAUCACCGGAAGUGACGAUGAAUCAUUCAAAAGGGAAAAGGGGAGAAGGAGAAAUGGCGGAUCAAACGAAAACGUCGUCACCGUUUUUUCAAAUGUCUUCAGUCGGACGAUCGUCGGAAUCGAAGAAUAAAAAAAAAAAAAGGGAAAAAAGAAAAAGACGUUCAAAAGAAAAUUCGUUGUUUCCGUCGUCUGGUGAUAAAAUGGCGGGUCGGACAUGCGAUGUGGAUGAUGGUGAUGAUGAUGAUGAUAAUAAUGACGAAUACAUACCAUUGAACGCUCCUGGUUCCACGAAAUUUUCCGUCGGACUUUUAGACAAGUUUCGACCGUAUGGAAAACACGACGCGACGACAUUCAAAGACAGAAUGCUCUAUGGAAAACGUGUCAAAAGAUUCACAGACGCGAAAACACUUCAAGUUUAUAAAAAAAAACAAAAAGCCGGAGAAGCAAAACUUUAG